GCAAAAUUCUAUCAUUUGAGAGAGAGAGAUGGAGAAGGAGGAGGAGAGAGGGCACAUAUUGGGAGUGGCAUAUCCAACGCAAGGGCACAUAUCUCCAAUCCACCAACUCUGCAAAAGACUCCUUUCCAAAGGCAUCAAAACCACACUCACCCUCACCACCUUCGCCCACACCUCCAUCAGCCCUAACCCACCACACGGCUCUGUCUCCUUAGCCACCUUCUCCGACGGCUUCGACCAUGGCGGCAUCUCCGCCGCCGAAAGCAUCCACCACUAUCUCCGCCGUUUCCAGACCGUCGGCUCCCAGACCUUGGCCCAAGUCAUCAGACAGCACCAGAGUUCCGACCACCCCAUCACCUGUGUCGUCUACGACGCUUUCCUGCCGUGGUGUCUUGAUGUGGCCAAGGACUUCGGUCUCGUCGCCGCUCCUUUCUUCACCCAAACCUGUGCCGUUAAUUACAUUUACUAUCUCGCUUACCAGGAAAAACUCGAGCUCCCCAUUGAUGGGUUGACCUUUCUUGAGCCCCAAGAUUUGCCUUCUUUUCUCUCCGUCCCUGGGUCUUACCCUGCGUACCACGAGAUGGUUCUGAAUCAGUUCUCGAACUUAGGAAAAGCCAAUUUCGUUCUCGUUAACGUCUUCGAGAAGCUGGAAGUUAAGGAGACGGAGUUGCUGUCCAGAGUCUGUCCACUCUUGACUGUAGGCCCGACCUUGCCGUCGUUGUACUUAGACAAACGAAUAAAAACAGAUGAAAACUACGAUCUGAUGCUAUUCGAUCCUAAAGGCGUGGAAUCCUGCAAAGACUGGCUGAACGAGAGGCCGAAAGGGUCCGUGGUUUACGUGGCCUUUGGAAGCCUGGCCGAGCUCUGCAACGCGCAGAUGGAGGAGCUUGCUUGGGCGUUAAGCAAAUUCAGUUUCAUUUGGGUUGUCAGAGAUUCCGAAGAGACAAAACUACCGUCCGGUUUCGCAGAAUCACUGGUCAAAGACAAGGCUCUGGUCGUGAAGUGGAGUCCCCAGCUCGAAGUGUUGUCAAACAGAGCAAUAGGGUGUUUUCUGACACACUGUGGAUGGAACUCGACAAUGGAGGCCGUAAGCUUAGGGGUACCAAUGGUGGCAAUGCCCCAAUGGACGGACCAACCCACGAAUGCAAAGUACGUAGAAGAUGUCUGGAAGGUCGGGAUUUGCGUGAAGGCGGAUGAGGAGAACGGGAUCGUGAAGAGAGAAGAGAUCGAGUUCUGUAUAAAGGAAGUAAUGGAAGGAGAGAGGAGCAGAGGUGUGAAGGAGAAUGCAAAGAAAUGGAGAGAUUUGGCUGUGGAAGCUCUCGCAGAAGGAGGCACUUCCGAUGUUAACAUCGACACAUUGGUUUCUGCAUGUCUGUAACAACUGUUACAACUAGUUAUUAAGUAUGAAGUGUUCUUGAAUAAUGUGAAUCUUCUUCUGUUCCAUUUGAAAAAACUGAAAUUUGAGCACAAUCUUAUGAGAUGUUUUUUUUU